AAUUCUUUAUUUAAACACUAAUUAAGAUGAUUGGAGAAUAUGAUUAUUUGUAUUGUGUAAAUAAAAGCGAUCCUGGGUUCGAUUCAUACGAGGUGGAAUUGUAGCUGUGCACUAUUGAUGAAUUCUACAAUAGAAUGAAACGGUCGUCCAGUUCUUCCAAAUGUUCCAUGGUGGUUUAGAUUUAAUUGACUCAUGAUCACAACGAUUAAAAAUUAAUCAUUUAACAUAAUAAAGUUUUUCUAUCCAUUGAAAAUAUGUUUAAUAUUUAUCAAUUCAGGUAAUUAAUUGUGUAUGGGCUCUUGUGCAUCAACUGGUGUUUCACAAGCUGGAAGUCCGGCAAAAAAUCAAUUAUCGAAUGGUAUUCAACAAAAUUCUUUGAAUAUACAAGAAAUGAAUCAAACAGGAAUAAGAAAUAUAAAUGAAGAAAUUGGUAAAAUGGCUAGUCAAGAAAAGAAAACUGAUAAUUCUAGAAGUAAUUAUGUACUAUCUGGUAUAGAUCUAUUGGAUUAUGGAGUGGGAUUAAAAGAUAUACCACUUCGUACUUCUGAUACAAAUAUGACAACAGAUGAAGAACUUGAUAUGGAAUGUGCAUUAUCUGGUGUAUCACAAUUUUUCUAUAAAAAUUUAACUACAUGUACAUUGGGUCAAUAUGCACAAAUACCAAAUGAUACAGAUAUGCUAAGAACAGUGAAUACACCUGAAUCAUUAAGAGCUUGUUAUGUAAGAAUGCGUCAUAUCUAUCAAAUGAUCGAAACCGAUCGUAUGGGUAAAGCAACAUUAUUGAAAAAUAUACAGUAUGCAAUAAACGUUAUGGAAAAUGCUUAUAUAGCGGAGAAACGACGUAUUCGUGAAGAAGAAGAAGAUUUAUCAGAAGCUGCAACAGAAUAUGUACCAGAUGAAGUACGUAAUUGGCUUGCAUCAACAUUUACACGUACUGUACAAAGUGUUGGGAUUGGUGAACAAAAGCCUAGAUUUCGUAGUGUUGCUAAUGCAAUUAGAGCUGGAAUAUUUGUUGAAAGAAUUUAUCGUCGUAUGUCAAGUUGUUCCAAUCUUAUUGUUCCACCAAAUGUACUUCUAUUUCUUAAAACUGGUUUAGAUACUUGGAAUUUUGAUGUAUUUGGAUUGAAUGAAGCAAGCGAAAAUCAUGCAUUGAAAUUUGUUGCUUUUGAAUUAUUACAUAAAUAUAAUCUUAUUAAUAAAUUCCAGAUAAAUAGUACUGCAUUAGAAAGUUUAUUAAUUCAACUUGAAACUGGUUAUAGUAAAUACAGUAAUCCAUAUCAUAAUUUGGUUCAUGCAGCUGAUGUAAUGCAAACAUGUCAUAUGAUUAUUUUUAUGAAUGAUCUUAGGAAUUGGUUAAAUGAUUUGGAUAUAUUCGCUGUAUUAUUUGCUGCAGUAAUACAUGAUUAUGAACAUACUGGUACAACUAAUAAUUUCCAUAUAGCUACACGUUCUGAAUUAGCUUUAAUUUAUAAUGAUCGUGGAGUAUUAGAAAAUCAUCAUGUUAGUGCAGUUUUUCGUUUAAUGCAAGAAGAAGAAUUUUCAAUACUGACUGGACUAGAAGCUGAUCAAUACAAAGAAUUCCGUCAACUUGUAAUUGAUAUGGUUUUAUGCACGGAUAUGUCGUUACACUUCCAACAAAUUAAAAAUAUGAAAACUAUGAUUUCAAUGCCAGAAAGUAUUGAUAAAACAAAAGCAUUAUCUCUCAUUGUUCAUUGUGCGGAUAUUUCACAUCCAGCAAAAGAAUGGUCUCUACACGAACAAUGGUCUGAUAUACUGUGUGAAGAAUUCUUUAGACAAGGUGAUCGGGAACGUGAAUUAAACCUUCCAAUAUCACCAUUAUGUGAUCGUAAUACGGUUGUUGUACCACAAUCACAAAUUGGUUUCAUUGAUUUCAUUGUUGAACCAAGUUUCCAAGUUCUUGGUGAUAUGAUUGAACGUAUUAUUAAUCCACCACAAACUGAAGGAGUUCUACCAACAGAUCCAACAAGUCCUAAGCCUAAAUCUCCUGAUCAAGAAACUGUUGGUGAACAAAUAGUUCCACGUCCAUGGGUUGAUCAUUUCAAAGAGAAUAAAGAAUCAUGGUCAAAGAGACUUCCACCGAAAACUUAAGAAAAUAGAAGAAGCAAAUUCAGAUGUACAACAUAUAUUAAAUCAUAGAAUUUAUUAAACUGUUAUUACUAACGUUAACAUUAUUCUUACUAUCAUUCCAAAAAAUGAACAAUUUAGAUAAAACACUUUCUUUAAGUUAUUUACCAUUGCAAAAAAAACCACUACUACUACAAAUACUAAUACUACUACCACUACUACCCCCACUACUACUACUACUGCUCUUACUACUACUACUACUACUACUACUACUACUACUACUACCACUACUACCCCCACUACUACUACUACUGCUCUUACUACUACUACUACUACUACUACUACUACUACUACUACUACUACUACUACUACUACUACUACUACUACUACUACUACUAUGACUACUACCACUACCAAUACUAAUAUUACCACUACAACUACUGAUAAUACUACUACCAACACCACCACUAAUACUAAUACUACUACUACUACUACUACUACUACUACUACUACUACUACUACUACUACUACUACUACUACUACUACUACUAUGACUACUACCACUACCAAUACUAAUAUUACCACUACAACUACUGAUAAUACUACUACCAACACCACCACUAAUACUAAUACUACUACUACUACCAGUACUAAUACUACUACUACUACCACUACUAGUACUAAUACUACUACUACCACCAUCACUACUACUACUACUACUACUACUACUACUAACAAGUGAUACAUAUAUACUAACUAUUUGCAUACAUCAUAUAUUUCUCUGUGUUCGUUGAAACGAUCGAAAUAGAACGAAUUUGUUUUUGUCGAUAAGUUAAAAGAAGAGAAACAACUUUUAAAUAGAUUUAAGAAUAUAUUUAGACAGAUU